CGAGGUGAGACCCUGCCAGAAGGAACCAGGUCGAAGUUCAUACAGGUCACAGUGAAGCCGUCACACAUGAAGGUCGUGGUUUUGAAUAAAGUGAUUAUUGAGGGGUCCUUAUUUGCCGUGGUUCGGACCGACGAGACCAUAUGGACCAUUGAGGACAAGAAGAUCCUGCACAUUGCCUUGACCAAGGCAGAUGCUUGCACCAAGGAGACGGUGUGGGAGGGGCUGCUGAAGGACGACUACCUUGCCGACCCCUGGACUCUUCACGAGAUGAGGAAGAAGCUGGACCUGGAGCGGUUCCAGAUCGAGAAUCCCGGCUUUGACUUCAGUGGAGCGCAGCUAAAGAAAUCCUACGACAAACCGAAGGGGUCUGAAAUAGAGGAAUGGGAGAAGAAACAGAAAGAGAAGCAAGAGGCAGCAACAGACCAAUGAAAAGAGGAAAGGGAAACUGUUUACAUUAGAUACUGACAAAUGAGUACAAAAUGUAUGAUCUAAAUCAAUACCGUGAGCUUUAUUCGCCAUUAUUGAGUAUUAUUGUGCUAUUUAUUAUUAAUGAUUAUUCAUUGUUAUCACUAUUUGUGUUACUAUGAUUGCUAUGAUCAUUAUCAUUUUAAUUACUACUACAAUUAUUGUAAUUAUUAUUGUAAUAAUACUAUGAUCACUAUUAUUAUUACUACUGCUACAGUCAUUAUUUUUAUUACUAUUGUAGUAACUUCAUUUUAUACAUUUUUCUUUCUGAUUGAUAAAUGAUAUUCAUCAACAAGGUACCUUCUUGUAUGUGUAAUAACAUAAUAAUUUAUCUUGAUGGUGCUGAUGAGAUGCUCGACAACAUUCUUAUUUUUUUAUGUGGCAGCAGCUCUGUUGGUUAUUCAUAUUCAUUAUUAUGAUUUAUUUCUCAUACACCAGCUCUGCGUAAUAUAAAACUGAAACACGAGUAGAAAAUCGGAGCUUUUGCAUAGGCCAGUGAUAGGGACCCAGGUGUUUAUUUUUUGGUGAUUGCGGUUAAAAAAUGGUGAAACCUUUGAGCCAUUGAUGAUUUUGAAAUGUGUAAGAUUGAAUUAUUUUUUGUAUCUCUUAAUCGCAAGGCUUUUGAGAUUGUAUAACUUUUAAUUGAGUUGCAGGACAUCAUACCCAAGAAAAUUGAUUAAUUCAUUUUAAAGCUUAGGGGAAUGGAUUAUAUGCCUUUUCCUUUUUUUUUCUUUAAAUUGCAAUUCUUUCCCUUUUUUUUAUAAAUAAUUUAUGUUUCUUUGUAAAAGUUAUAAAUAAAGUUAUCAUAACUUUCAUAAGGCCUCAGACAUUAGCAAGGUUAACGUAACAAUACUUGAUUUAGAUGUUUAUCAUUCCAGGUUUCCAUUACUGAUUAUGAUAAUAAUUCUGUCAUUUAUAAAAAGUGUACCCUUUCUAGUUAAUGGCGAGGCUGCAUUAAGUGUAUCUGCUGUGCCGUAAAAUGUGCUGCGUGAUGUAUUCUGAAAGGGAAUGGCAUUUCCGAUAUAUAGAUAUUUAUAUAUGGCAUUUUUUUGUUUUUAAUUAGAAUUCACGUUUUGUAAAAGUAAGGACUGACUUAAAAUCAAAGUGUGAUGUAUGAAUAGGAGAUAUUUGAAUGUGAAUUAUUGCCAAGAAAAAUAUAUUAUGAGAAGUCAA